AUGGUCAUAUGCAUCUCCAAAGAGAACCAACCAGCUUUCGACCACCCUCUUUUAAUGUAUCACAAGAUACAGGAAGCACCAACAGAGAUUCCUAGAGUGAUUGGAACUAAUAAGAAAAGUGAAUGGCCAACAUCAGAGGCACACGUCAGUACCGCCAAGUGUCCCCAAGAUAAAGUGCCGAUACAAAACAUGACCGCUUUGUCUCAUCGAGCAAAACCCGAAAGAGGCAACAACAAUACUAGUGUUAUCCCCAAACAUGAGCAUGCAGUUGCACUAGCUCGUGGCAUACCAAAAGUAUAUGGAACCAAAGCUGUCAUCAACAUAUGGGAACCGGUCGUUGAAGAUAAAAAAAUAGAGAUGAGCAUUUCUCAAAUUUGGAUAACUUCCGGAGACUUUGAUACAAAUGAUCUCAACUCAAUAGAAGUUGGAUGGCAGGUAGACCCAAUUGUAUACAAGGACAACAAGCCAAGACUAUUCGUUUAUUGGACGAGUGACGCAUACCGUACAACCGGAGGCUAUAACCUUCGGAAACCUGGUUUUAUACAAACCAGCAGCGAGAUUGUCCUAGGAGGCUCGAUUUCUCCUGUAUCAAGCUUCGGGGGUAGCCAGUUUGAGAUCACUAUUCUCGUCUGGAAGGAUAGCAAAAGUGGAAACUGGUGGCUGAGUUUAGGGCCGGACAAUGUAUUGGUAGGAUACUGGCCUAGGGAAAUUUUUAGCAGUUUAGCUGAUCAUGGCACGAAACUCGAUUGGGGCGGUGAAAUCAUUGAUUCUCACAGCUUCGGGCGUCACACAAAGACUCAAAUGGGCUCCGGACGCUUCCCUGAAGAAGGUUUCGGAAACGCGAGCUAUGUCCGAAACCUGGAGAUGGUAGACGACACCAAUACUUUACAGCCGAUCGAGGUGAAAAGAUAUUAUUCAGAUGGCCCCUACUAUAGCACUAAGAAGUUGCAUACAGAUGAGUGGGGAACUCAUUUCUUUUUUGGGGGACCAGGAUUGAGUUUGUAUUUUAUUUAUUUCAGUUUCAAUUUGGAAGGUUGA